CGGACUCGGAGUCGCCCAACGAGCGCUUCACGAUGGCCACCAAGGGCGCGCACGAGAAGCCGGAGACGGUCGAUGACGAACACCAGCCGAUUGUCAAGAAGGUUCGUCUGGAUGUAGACGCCAAAGUGACGGAGGACGUUAAGAAGGUCAAAAUCGACGAGAACGCCGCGCCGCAACCUGAAAUUGGCGGCCACGAGCCAGCAGCGACGACCACGACGUCGCCCGUACAGGAGCAAGAUGCAGGCUCUGACACCAAGGAGAAAGACGAGAACGAGGCUAAACCUAACACUACCGGAAGCGCCUUCGGUGGAUUCAGUGCGUUUAGUAACAAGAACGCCUUCGCAGGGUUCACGGCGACGGCAAGUGCUAACGGGUUUGGCACCAAAGCGUCGUCCUCGACGGAAUCGGGUUUCGGAGGGUUUGCUACUAAGGCAACAAGUGGAUUUGGAGCUUCCACCCCGUCAUCGAGUGAAGCGACGAGCAGCUCGAGUGGAUUCGCGUCUUUUCAGAGCGACUCGACGGUGACGUUCGCGUCGUUCGCAGCAGCACAAUCGACGUCGGAUGACUUCGGAGCCAAGGCCUCGUCGUCUUCAGCCACCGAUUUCUCCGAUGCCGAGGUGGCCAAGAAGGCUGAGCCGGUUGUACCAGCGUUGACAGAAGCAGAGCUGGCAAAUGGAGAAGAAGGAGAACGGAUCUUGGUCGAGAAACGAGCGAAGCUAUUUAAAUUGGUGGAGAAGGACUACACAGAAGUCGGGAUUGGCCCAGUGAGGGUCCUGAACGCAAAGGACGCCAAGGCUGACGAUGAAAAGGUGAUGGCGCGUGUUGUGAUGCGACGCGAGUCGUACCCGCAUGGACCUGGCACCAAGCUGCUGAUGAACGCCAGUUUGGGCUCCUGUCUAUUGUGCGAGAAGAAGACAGAGAAGACGAUGCUUCUGACAGUGUUGGAGGCCAAUGAGGACCCGGAAGCGGACAAGAAGUUCACUCCAGUGACGUAUCUGAUGCGGUUUGGAAGCUCUGAGGACCUGGAUGUGGUGAUGAUGCGGAUCCAGACGCACAUGCUCUCGUCGACGGCUGCCGCGUCAUCCAGUUGA